UAAUUAUUUAUUGAAAAUUUUGAGAGAAAAAAAUAUCAUUACUCUUAUUGACCAUUAUAUGCCCUUCCUAUUAUUAUUAUUAUUAACUUUUAGGAAUCGUUGCGGUCUGCUCCAAAAGAACGUCAUCAUCAUCAUCUCUAUCAAAUUCAGUGAACUCAUUUCACGAAGGAAAAAAAAAAAAAGGAAAAGAAAAUGUUGAUGCGAUUUUCUCUUCAAAGAGUGAAGAAUUUAAGGGCUUUAAGGCCUCAGGUUUUGGCUUCUGCCAACUCUCGUUUCUCUACUGCGACUGAACCCUCUUUUAAUCACCGUAAUCCUCCGAGGGUUCCUAAUCUUAUUGGAGGUGCUUUUGUUGAUUCAAAGUCAACAGCAACCAUUGAUGUUAUAAACCCUGCAACACAAGAAGUUGUUUCACGAGUUCCUUUAACUACAAGUGAAGAGUUUAAAGCUGCAGUGGCUGCAGCAAAGCAAGCUUUCCCGUCGUGGCGAAAUACCCCAAUUACAACUCGUCAGCGUAUCAUGUUCAAACUCCAAGAGCUUAUUCAUAGGGACAUGGAUAAACUUGCCAAGAAUAUUACAACUGAACAGGGCAAGACAUUGAAGGAUGCUCAUGGAGAUGUCUUUCGGGGGCUUGAGGUGGUGGAACAUGCCUGCGGAAUGGCAACCCUGCAAAUGGGAGAGUAUGUCCCCAAUGUAUCUAGUGGAAUUGAUACAUAUAGUAUAAGAGAGCCACUUGGCGUUUGUGCGGGGAUUUGUCCCUUCAACUUUCCAGCAAUGAUUCCCUUAUGGAUGUUUCCUGUAGCAGUUACUUGUGGUAAUACCUUUAUUUUAAAGCCAUCGGAAAAGGAUCCUGGGGCAUCUAUAAUGCUGGCAGAGUUAGCAAUGGAAGCUGGUUUGCCUCACGGUGUCUUAAAUAUUGUUCAAGGCACCAAUGACAUUGUUAAUGCUAUUUGUGAUGAUGACGAUAUUAGAGCCAUAUCAUUUGUUGGUUCCAAUACUGCUGGCAUGCACAUAUAUGGAAGAGCUUCUGUUAAAGGAAAACGUGUGCAGUCCAACAUGGGUGCCAAAAAUCAUGGCAUUGUGAUGCCUGAUGCAAACAAGGAUGCUACUUUAAAUGCUCUAGUUGCUGCUGGUUUUGGUGCUGCUGGACAAAGGUGCAUGGCACUUAGCACAAUAGUCUUUGUUGGUGACUCAGAAUCAUGGGAGAAUCAACUGGUAGAACGUGCCAAAGCUCUUAAAGUGAAUGCUGGAACUGAACCUGAUGCAGACCUUGGUCCUGUAAUUAGCAAACAGGCUAAGGAACGAAUAUGCAGAUUAAUUCAAUCUGGAGUUGAGAGUGGUGCCAAACUACUGCUUGAUGGGAGAAACACAGUGGUUCCAGGAUAUGAGCAAGGCAAUUUCGUUGGUCCCACAAUUUUAUCUGGUGUCACAGCUGACAUGGAAUGCUAUAAGGAGGAAAUCUUUGGCCCAGUUCUCAUUUGCAUGAAGGCUGACAGCUUGGAAGAGGCUAUAAACAUUGUUAAUAGAAACAAAUAUGGCAACGGUGCUUCUAUAUUCACUACAUCCGGUGCGGCUGCAAGGAAAUUCCAGACAGAGAUUGAGGCUGGGCAGGUUGGCAUCAAUGUUCCCAUACCAGUUCCUUUACCGUUUUUCUCAUUUACUGGCUCUAAGGCAUCUUUUGCUGGCGACCUUAACUUUUACGGCAAGGCUGGAGUUAACUUUUAUACCCAGAUUAAAACAGUGACUCAACAAUGGAAGGGUCUCCCAAGCGGCAGUGGAGUUUCCCUAGCGAUGCCAACAUCACAGAAGUUGUAAUCACGCUGUGGGAUUGUUCUUUCAGGAGUAGUAUGUACCCUGCCGUAAACUAAUAUUAAGGUCUUCCUGCUUUGUUUCUUUCAACUUAUUCCAGUUCCCUGCCGACUGUCAAGUAAAUAAGAUGGAAAGGGGGAGGGGGGACAAAAGCUGAAAAUGUUUUUAAUUUUAGGAGAAAAGAUCAUUUACCUAAGAUUCUCUUAGCGUUUAAGUCAAAAGUCGCACUUUGUUCUGAGCAAUAAUAGUUUGCUGAGAAGUGAAGGACUACUCUUCUGGAAAAACUCAAUGGUGCUUGACUCUCCUAGAGCGUAGCCUUAAGAAUAAAUUCAAUUUCAGGGGCCUUUUGUUUCGGUACCCGGGCUCUCUGUUAUGCAUUAUACUGUGUUUUGGUUCGCCGUUGAUUGUCCACCGAAAGCCUCAAUGCCUGCUGGGAACAUAAAUCACUCCAUAAGAAAGCAUUGAUUCAUGUCAUUGUAGCUGUGUGGCAAAGUAUGUUACCAAACAUUCAAAAGGGUUAAGUGCAAUUGGUAAG